AUGAAGUUCUCCGUGGUGCUGGGUCUAUUGGGCGCCUUGACCGCGACCGUCUCGGCCGUCAAGGUGAAUCCACUUCCCGCGCCCCGCAACAUCACCUGGGGCUCGUCGGGUCCAAUUCCCGUUCAGGAGCUCUCCCUGCGUACCACCGACGCCCACGGCCACACUCACGACAUCAUCAAUCAAGCCUGGGAACGCGCUUGGCUCUCCAUCACCACGCUCCAAUGGGUCCCCGCCGCCACCGAAGCUCCGAUCUCCGUCUUUCAGCCAUUCCCGACCGGCGCAGGCUUGACCAAGCGCAGUAGCGCCGCAAACCCAAUCAAGUCCAUUCAACUUACCCUGAUCGACGGUGAUGCCGAUCUGCAGCAUGGAGUCGACGAGUCCUAUACACUGGAGGUGACGGCGUCGUCGGGCAGUAUCAAGAUCCACGCGCAGACAGUCUGGGGUGCUCUGCACGCGUUCACCACGCUGCAGCAGCUUAUCAUCUCAAACGGCAAGGGUGGUCUGAUCAUUGAGGAGCCGGUUAGCAUCACCGACGCACCGUUGUAUCCCUACCGUGGUGUCAUGAUCGACACUGGUCGCAACUUCAUUUCCUUGCCCAAGAUCUUCGAGCAGCUCGACGGCAUGUCUUUGUCGAAGCUCAACGUGCUUCACUGGCACUUGGACGAUUCCCAGUCGUGGCCUGUGCACAUGGAAUCUUACCCCGAGAUGGUCAAUGACGCAUACUCGCCUCGCGAGACUUUCUCCGCCGCUGAUAUCCGUAGCGUGAUUGCUUAUGCUCGUGCCCGUGGUGUACGUGUCAUUCCCGAGGUUGAUAUGCCCGGUCACUCCGCUUCCGGCUGGCAGCAGGUAGACCCGAGUAUUGUGGCCUGCGCACACUCCUGGUGGUCGAACGAUGAUUGGACAUAUCACACUGCCGUCGAGCCAAAUCCCGGUCAAUUGGAUAUCAUCAACAACAAGACCUACGAGGUCGUGGCCAAUGUCUACAACGAACUGUCUAGCAUCUUCACGGACGAUUGGUUCCACGUCGGCGCCGAUGAGCUCCAGCCCGGCUGCUACAACUUCAGCACAUACGUCACCGAGUGGUUCUUGGAGGACUCAUCACGCACAUACAACGACCUGGCUCAGUACUGGGUUGACCAUGCCGUGCCCAUCUUCCGUGCCGCCGGUGCCCACCGCCGCCUCAUGAUGUGGGAGGACAUCACCCUGUCGACCGAAGCAGCCCACGACGUCGCCGACGACAUCGUCAUGCAAACCUGGAAUAACGGCCUAACCAAUAUCCAGAACCUCACAGCCCGCGGCUACGACGUUGUCGUCUCCUCCUCCGACUUCCUCUACCUGGACUGCGGCCACGGCGGCGCCCUAGGCAACGACCCCCGUUACGACAUCAUGUCCAACCCCGACGGCAGCGUGAACUUCAACUACGGCGGCAACGGCGGGUCCUGGUGCGCCCCCUACAAGACCUGGCAGCGCAUCUACGACUACGACUUCACCACCAACCUCACCGCGACACAGGCAAAGCACAUUCUCGGCGCCGAGGCUCCCCUCUGGUCUGAGCAGGUCGACGACGUAACCAUCUCCCAGCUCAUGUGGCCCCGUGCCGCUGCUCUCGCCGAGCUCGUGUGGUCUGGUAAUCGCGAUGCACAGGGUAACAAGCGGACCACGCUCCUCACGCAGCGCCUGCUGAAUUUCCGCGAAUACCUUGUUGCGAAUGGGGUGAUGGCUACUGCUUUGAUGCCUAAGUACUGUAUGCAGCACCCGCAUGCUUGCGACCUUUACUACGACCAAAGCGUUAUCACCUGA